GUUUUGUUGCAGUUUGCUAACGGCUAACACGCUAGAUGCUAAAACCAAUGGUCCCAAAAACUACAUGAUCAUAUUCAUAUUUCUAUGAGGCUAAGCGGGUGCUUGUUGAAAAUGUGUUGUGGCGUUCUGGAAGAGACCUUCGGCGGUCCGUCCUUCGAUUUGGCUCAAGUGCGGAUGGGGCGUCCGUGGUGAUCGCUUGCCUGACUUGCAUGUUGAUCGUUCGCAACUUUUCUCGGUUCUUGGUGACAAAACUCAUUGAAACCGACAGCUCCACUACUCCGUGUGGGUGUGCGAUGCUGCUUUUAAACCUUGCGAUAUAUUCCGAUAUUAUCUGGAAAAUGGUCAUUUGCGUGAAGUCUAUCGGGAUUUAAAUGUACAGUGGACCCCCGCAUACUCGCGGUUGUUACCUAUUUUGGGAUUCCUCCCCCCCCCCCUUUUUUUUUUUUUUUUUUCCCCCACUUUUUCCAAAUUCAUUUUUUCUUUUCAAUUUUUUUCUGUUUUUCCUUAUUGGCGGUUUAUCCCCCCUCUUUAGGUUUGUUUGUUUUGUUUUCCAACAUCGGGCGUCAAUUAUUGCCCGCAAGUCCCUAUCCUUUGCUAAUAGCAGACGUCCACUGUUUUGUAGUACUGUGCACGUUAAUAGUCCUGCCAGACUUCACAUUAAAAUCAUUUAUUUUCAUGCGUAGCGAGACUGUAGUACUACUACUGACACAUUCCUAACACGAUUCUUUUUUUCUUUUUCUUUUUAAUACAUGUUUUACCAUAAUAUACAUUCCUAUUUCUAUAUUUGAGUGCAUUAGUUAAGCUGAGGUGCAUUCGUUGCAUGCUGAAGAGCGAUACAUUGCACGCAGGCAUGCAAUUGUGUCCCAUGUCCUCGUUAAUAUUUAUCAUACUAGAAUAUACAAUAAAUAAAUAACACUGGGCUGCUCUGUUUGAAGGUUUAGAUUUAGCAUAUCAUCAGUGCUAAUUGUGCAUGUCUUUUUGCAUUACUCUAUGUUAGCAUUAAGGUAGCAGACGUUCUUUAAUUCUCUUGCUCUGCCACUGGCGACUAUCGAAGUCAGGUAUCCCCUUUAGGCGGGCCGGGAAUGGAACAUGUGAAAUUCUAUGUUUACAACUGCAUUAUGUCCAGGAAAAGGAACGUGCCGUCUCAGUAGCAUGAAAAAAUGUUACCAAAGUUGUAUUCGAUGCAAGCUCCAUGAGUACUCUUGUCUUGUCUUGCCUGCCGGUGGGCGCUUAUGACUUUAGAAAAGAGACGGUGGCUUCGCGAUUACCACAGCCCGCCGGAGCCCGAGCCGCCCAUAGUAGCAUUGGAACAUGGACCCCAACGUAGAAGGGGAAAAAAUGCACAGCUGUCAUUGUCCACAAGAGACUGCUGAAGAGCCAAUGUGCAGCAGUUUGACACAUCGACGCAUCAUCAUGUGCGUCAGAAAGAAAUUGUCUUUGUGUUCAUGGAAAUUGGAUGCAUCGACAGUCCUAGUGGUAUCGGAUGGGUGACACGCCGGGAGAGACAAACUUCUACUCCAACGCAGAGGGCUACUGGAAGGAAGUUCCGCCGACCGUGGACGGCAUGCUGGGGGGCUACGGGAGCAUCUCCAGUAUCGAUAUAAAUGGAUCCAGGGCUUUCCUUCGCAAAUUCCUCGGAGAAGGCGAGGGGAAGACAAGUGCAGGCUGCGCUCUGGACUGCGGCGCAGGUAUCGGGAGGAUCUCCAAGCGUCUGCUGCUGCCUCUCUUCAAAACCGCGGACCUGGUGGACGUGACGCAGGAAUUCCUGGACAAAGCUAAGACGUACCUGGGAGAGGAUGGAAAGCGAGUGGGGAACUACUUCUGUAGCGGCCUGCAGGACUUUGUACCAGAGAGUGGACGCUAUGAUGUCAUCUGGAUCCAGUGGGUCAUUGGCCACCUGACCGACAACCACUUGGUGGAGUUCUUACGGCGCUGCCAAAAAGCCUUGCGACCCGAUGGCCUCAUCGUCAUCAAGGACAAUGUUUCAUACGAAGGGGUAGUCCCGGACGAUGAGGACAGCAGUGUAUGUCGAGACCUGGAAAUAGUCCGUAGCCUGGUGAGCAGAGCGGGUUUGAGAAUCAUCUACGAGGAGCAACAACGUAACUUCCCAAAGGAGAUCUACCAAGUCCACAGUCUGGCACUCCGAUAAGAAGUGCGCCUACUUUGGCAGAGUGCCAUUUCUGAUAUUUAAUAUGAUGUUUCUAGUCAACAGUCCUGACAGGACGGGCACUUGUUGAUGCGUUCUUUAGUAUGUUUUGACCGUGGAGGUCUGGGCGCCAUCAUCAUCUUCAACUGUAUCUUUGAACGUUUCUUCCAGGCUAAGUUAUCAGUCAAGUCAUUUUAACGUGAAGCUAAUGGAGGUACAUGAAGAACCUUUUCUUACACACGGUUCCAACUUAGUUCGUCACAGUUGGACUUCAACCGCCGCCUCAAUUACAAAUUGGACUGCCUCGGUCGUCACGACGACUUCGAAGCAGAAACUUUGUCACUGACCAAUAACGACUGCGUCUUAUAUCGGAGAGAUGUGAACACUUUUAUAAUUCACUGUAAGUGCAGGCCUUUGUAAUCAAUGCUUGAAUUGUGCAUUUUAGAACAGUAAAUGUUUUUCACGAGAUCAUACCACGGUAUCAGCUAAAUUAAAAAGCGGUGUUUCUCAGUA